AAUUCUCAUUCCUUGUUCAACAUAAAAUCGAGUCACACAAAAUGGCGAACGUGACAGUUCUUUUUGGAUGCAAGCCACAUUCAAUAACCACAAGCCUCACCGCUGCAUUAUACAGGGGUAUAUCAAUAGGCAACAAAUUUAUUAACCGGACCCCACUUAUUUCGUUUCCACAAAGGCCUUCUCUCACCGACAGAUAUGCAGCUUUGGAAAGAUUAAAGGCUGCAUCUAUACCAACAUCGUCACCUUCGUCGUCAUCUUCGCCGCAACUUUUACAUGAUGUGUUAGAGGAUACUUCAUACACAAAGACAGAUUGUAGCACAGUCUUCAUAACAGACGUACUUCCUCCGCGGUAUAGGAAACCUGUCAUCUCAGAAGAGGAAAUAGAAUACAUUAUGAGAGGAGGACCUGACAGAUAAUAUCAAUUUCAAGAAUGUGACGAUGAGAUGGGAAUGAACAUAUAGCAACUGAGUUAAUUGACUUAUGAUCUAUCAUGUAUAUAUACUGUAUAUAUUUUAUUAAGAAUAGUAGUUAUAUUUCUUUA